AUGGCCAUAGCGGCGUCAGCGAGCAAGAUGUACGUGCUCAUGACGCUGCGGUACACGCCGCCACCGCCGGCACCGGCCGGCCCGGCCAACGCCGCCAAGCUCGGCGUGUGCGAGCUCGACGGCUCGGCGUGCACCACGGUCGACGUGGUGGCGCCGAUUGUCUCGCCGGAUACGGCGUGGGGCACGUCGAUGGCGGCGAUGGUGGCUAGCGACGGUACGUUCUUUGGCGCUUUUGUUGCCGGCACCUCGAACGCCAUCUUUACGGUGGUGUGCUCCGACGAGGGAUGCGCAAGCCCAACGGUGACCCAGCACGGCGCGGCGCUGUCGACCGGGACCAACAGCCUCGCGCUCAGCAUCGGGCCGGACGGCGAGAAGCUGGUCUGGUUUGCAGGCGCCAAUGGGGUGCGGCACCUCGACUGCCACGAGCCGGCGUGCUCGACGGCGAUCAUGACUACUAAGAUCAUCUACCCGACGCUCGCGCGUGGGCUGGCUAUUGUGCCGCGCCAAGGCUCUGGCUUUCCGCAGCUCACCUUUCUCACCACCUCGCUCCGGCCAGGGUGCUCGAACGCUAUCGACGGGCUGGCUACCCUUCUCUGCUCCAACGCAACUUGCUCCACCGCGGACAUCUUCACCGUGGCCGACGGGAUCGGCGACUGUGGUGCGAGCGCGCCGGAGGUUGGCGAUGCUGUCGGCAUCGCCAGCAACCCGACCCGGCUGACUUUCUACAACGCCACGAUGGGGACGUACCGCAUUGCCGAGUGCGCGACGGAGCAGUGCCUUGGCGCGCAGCUGUACAUCGUGCCGGCGCCAGCACCGGUGACGCCUGCAGUCGGCAUCGCUACGGUCUCGGGCGCAUCGUCGGCGGUGUUUGUCGACGCGCCGGCCAACGGCGGAAAGGGUUACUCGGUGUGGGAGUGCGCGAGCGCGUCGUGUACCUCGAGCACGCUGCGCGGAAGGACGACGACGGUGGCAGCGCCGGCGAUUGCAGCCUCAUACGCGGUGGCGGCUGCGAGUACGAGUACGACUGCGGUGGCGUACGCUGUCAUCAGCGACAGUGACGUCGCCAUCAACCUCGCCGUGCUCGCGGACACCACGCUCGUGUCAUCGGGGACGAGCACGACUGCCAGCGGAACGUCGGCAACGUCGUCAGGCGCGAGCCCUGCGUCGAGCGGAGCAGUGUGGUGGCAGGUGGCGGCAGCGGUGGGUGGGGCGAUUGCGCUCGCGCACGGACUUGCCUAG